AUGGAGGCUCAGUACCAGGAGCUGCUUCAAUUUCUGCACGACAAAAACCCGGCAGUGCGCCAACUCGCGCUCCAAAACCUCUUGGCCCAAACACCUCAAGAUGCACCAUAUCGCAAGCUAUUCUUCACCGGUAUCUCUGGAGGCGGGCUGGCGAAGCCAAAAGACCCAGAGGUCAUCCGAGACUUGAAGCUACUGUGCAGGGAUAACCUGGCCAUCGCACAUGACGCUUUCCGUGCUCUCGUCAAUCUCUCUGACUCUCCGAUGCUCGUGGCUUCUCUAUCAGAGCCGAACUUCCUGACGUUCCUCGUCUCGUAUAUCUUGUAUCCUCCUGCGACAUGCGCAGAUCUUGCUUCUAUGAUGCUCUCAAACCUCACAUCCUCACAUGCUGUAUGCUCUGCACUCCUGUCGCUAAAGAUCAAGGUCAUCCCAGACGAGAAAAACCCCGGCGCGUUCUACCCUACACAAUCGCGCGCAGCGAGCUGUCCUGCACCUGUGCCUUAUCCGAGUGGAGAGGAGGUCGAGCUUCGAGCUAUGCCUUUGCUAGUUGAAGCGUUUGUAGACGCAACGAAGCAGGUGCUCGGUGAAGGAGGAAAGUUGGAGAAGUCGCGCAAGGGUGACUUGCAUUUCUUGGCGAGCGUCUUCGCGAAUCUGUCGGCGACACCCACCGGUCGGCAGUACUUCGUCACUCCGGAAGACUUCAACCCGCUCAUCAAGUCGGGAGAGAAGACAAAAGAGUACCCCCUUGCGAAGUUGGUUGCUUUCACUGAGCAUCUCGACCUCAUUCGGCGCGGUGGCGUCGUAUCGUGUAUCAAGAACUGCACCUUCAUCAAGCAGGCUCAUCUCGCGAUGCUCUCGCCAGAUACCACUACCGUCGCCGUUCCUCCCUCGGAGGAAAAGGCUCCCGGCAUGAACUGCUUGCCGUACAUUCUUCUACCUUUAGCCGGACCAGAAGAGUUUGAUCUAGAGGACCAAGAAGCACUCCCUGAAUCUCUUCAGUUCCUGCCGCCGACCAAAAAGCGCGAAGCCGACCCUGCCCUACGUCUUCUACUGGUCGAGGCCCUCCUGUUGCUUUGCACUACGCGUUGGGGUCGCGAUUACUUGCGCACCAACGGCGUGUACCAGAUUGUGCGCGCUCAUCACGAGCAAGAGGCGGACGAGAAGGUGUUGGUUCAUAUUGAUCGGUUGGUCAAUCUGCUCAAGAGAGACGAAAGCGAGUCGACGGCCAAGGAUGGGGUUGUCGAAGUCAUCGAAGGUGGAGAGGAAGAGGACGACGAAGACGACAAGAUCGAAGAAGUAUAG